ACAACUUCAUCGAUUUUCUACCGACCAAUCUAAUUAUUGCUUGUAGUCCUAACAACGCCUGGCUCGUCACAUUACCUACCGGCUGUGUAUUUGGUGGCGGGAGUUCCAACCCUCGCUCACACUGGGCUUUGUCUCAUUCAUUAUCCUUCCCAGAGUUGACUGUUGUCCCACAAGCGCUCAGAACAUUUGAAAACAUGUCAGAAAUGACAACGGAAACUGUUUUGAAGCUCUAUAUUCGACUAAGAAUUGACAAGGAAGAAAUCCGGCUUGUCACCAUUGAAGCGCCAGACGAUCCUUCGACAGAGAUCCGGUGCCAGUGUGAAGCCGCUAAAUUGUCAAGUUCUUCUGGGUACAAUGUGCUCUCAUAUGUUUGAGGAGAUGCAGCUAUCACUCAACCGAUUACUCUAAAUGGAUCCCCUCCCCGAGUUACAACGAAUCUAUGGCAAGCUUUGGUGAGAUUGCGGGCCAGACCAGGAACACCUCACCCCUGGAUUGACGCGCUGUGCAUAGAUCAAUCCUCGACCGAAGGGAAAAGCAGUCAGACCCCACUUAUCGGCAAGAUAUAUUCACAAGCAGAGAAGGUGCUGAUAUGGAUCGACGAGGAAGAAGAGGAGAGC